AAACCGGAACAAACAAAUCCGGAUGCAAAUAGCGUUGUUAGAAAGCGGAUUUGUGUGCAUGUUCAGCUCAGGUGUUGGAUGUAGUUUCUGUGGAUCGGAUAUUUACAGGAAUAUCAGAAAACAGAUGAAGUGAAGAUGUUUAAGGAGGAACAGGAGUUAUUCCUGGUGUUUAAUUCAGCUGAAAGAGAGAAAACAGACGGUUUGUAGGAGAUGGUUUAAGAGGAAAAAGAGAUAUUUGGUGAUUAUUUUUUUAAUCAUAAAAGCGAAUCGGUUUUUAAUUGUAUGUGAUCACCAUGAAAAGGCUGGGUUUGAGAGAGCAGUGUGCUCACAGCUCAGUGCCCUGGCUGCUGCUGCUGUUCUCACUGUGCAGUGUGCUGGGUUACAAACCUGUUAUUGUUAUUCAUGGACUCUUCGACACCUCUGCUGAUUUCAUCAACCUCAAACGAUUCAUCAAUCAGUCUCACCCCGGGACGAACGUGUCGGUGAUAGACCUGUUUGACCGCACAGCCAGUCUGGAGCCGUUGUGGAAGCAGGUGGAGGGUUUUAAAGAGGCCAUUUAUCCCAUCAUGCAGAAUGCUGCAGACGGAGUUCACCUUCUCUGUUACUCACAAGGAGGGUUGAUAUGUCGAGGAAUCCUGUCUAUCCUGAAUGACCACAACGUUCACUCCUUCAUCUCUCUCUCGUCCCCUCAGGCUGGACAGUAUGGAGACACGGACUAUCUGAAGUUCUUCUUCCCUGAGUUCGUCAAGUCCAACCUCUAUCACCUGUGUUACACCGCUGUGGGCCAGAGGAUCUCCAUCUGUAACUACUGGAACGACCCUCAUCACAGAGACAUGUACGUGAACACCAGCGAUUAUCUCGCACUGCUCAACAACGAGAGACCACAUCCUGAAUCCCUAGUGUGGAAACAGAACUUCCUGCGUAUUAAAAAGCUUGUGCUGAUUGGUGGACCUGACGAUGGCGUCAUCACGCCGUGGCAGUCGAGUCAGUUUGGUUUCUAUGACGAUAAUGAGAUGGUCGUGGAGAUGAAAUCUCAGGAAGUGUUUCUGAGGGAUGCGUUUGGUCUGAAGUCUCUGUACGCGAGAGGAGAUCUGGAGCUGUGUUCGUUUGCCGGGGUCGAGCACAUCUACUGGCACUCCAAUGAAACCGUAUACAAGAGCUGCAUUGAUAAAUGGCUCACAUAAAUACACAUUAGGGUGCAUCAGUUGCCCUCACUUUCAUAAAAUCUGAUGCAUUUUUGUCUGGGUGUUCCUUUUCACCAAUAAAGACAUCCUGUAAAAUUUUUUGAUCAUAUUCAAAAGUCUAAUGGUGGCACCAUGAGGUUCAUUUUUUUUUUUUUUGCCAAAAAAUGCUUAUUUUAUGUUUUUGCGCAAGGUUUGAAUCACAAUGUUGGUGAUUUCUUGUGACAUAUUUAGAAUAUAUACUAAAAAUGUGUAUCUAAGAUAUUUGGUAUACUCUAUAAAGCCUAGGUCACAACCGGAUGUACGAUUUUUUGGCCGUGCGAUUUUUGGCGUUUCCCAAAUCACUGUGUUUUUUUUUUUUUUUUUCCAAUGGAGAAAGACGCACGUUGGCCGUAAAUUUGUCUUGCAACCUGAAAAAAACAUAAGCGCCCGUAGAGUUUGUUUGACAUGACAAAGAACCUCUGCAGCCGGUCUUCGGCUCGAAAAUCAGCAUGUGUCACGCGCGCCCUCCGUGCGUUUCUUGCGUUUUUUGCACGUAGACCGGCCGUAGGAGCACGUACGGCCGGUUGUGACCGAGGCUUACAGGGCUGUGAAAAAUCCGCAGAAUUCCGUGAAUUUGGCCCCCAAAAAUAUCAUUUUAGUAAAUCAUCUAAUUUUGCAAUAAAAAUUUGGGGGGGGGGGAGGUUUCUUUUGCGACAAUAACAGACCGGUUUACGGCAUUUGCGCCAUGCUUACAAACCACGGCGCAAAUCUUGUGCUCUUUAAACACGCUUUCAAUAUCACCGGUUUUGAAAAGGAGAAUUUCGCGGCAUGUCCGCGUCACGGAGGGACAUCGUUCAGAAAGAGGACGGUGAGACCGACGAUGUCAAAAACAUUUGACAAGGAAAACGGCAUCAAAAAUCCAUGGAAUUGGCGAUGGCUGGAGUUUAAAGCCGGUAGUGAAUAUCUCCAUGAGCACAUACGGAAGAUAAAAGAACCGGGGAAAGCUUACUGCAUCUUGUGCCAUCAGGAUGUGAAGUACGGUUCUGGUGGAAGAACACGUUUGGUUGACCACGUUAAAGGAAAAAAACAUGCGGAAUUGGUGAAAUUGAAGCUGUCGAACUAUAGAUUGCCAGGUAGACCAUCUUGUUCACAUUUAUAUAUUCAAUUUAUAAUAAUAAUAAUAAUAAACAGUUCAAAUUAAAUGGCAUGGUUAAGAAAAUAUUUGCUUUCAGGAGAUGCUUCAAAUCUAUCAAUAUACACAAAAUCUGUUCAGCUUCUGGGGCCCUGCAGGCCCCCGGCUCCUGGGGGGCUGCUCCUCCCAGACCCCCUGUUAAAAUUGUUUCCUUGGAUUUUGUCAUUUCUAUUUCACAGCCCUGGGCUUAAGGUGCCAUAAUGUUUCAUGAAAAGUGAUCAAAAUUGUCAUAAAAGUCAUAAAAUAGCAGCUUUUUCCAUAACUUUGAGCUCCUGGUGCCACCAUUAAACUUUUGAAUUUUGUCAAAAUAUUUCACCCAGUGUGUUUUCUUACCAAAAGGAACAUAGAAACAAAAAUGCAUCAUGAUCGGAGGAACUUUUCAUUUUUAGGGGGCAACUGAUGCACCCCAAUACAUACAUACAUACAUACACACACACACACACACACAGUUUUUCUCUCUCUCUCUCACACACACAGACACACACUGAUAUAGAGACUAUUUUUACACACAGGAUUUUCACUUUUCUAUCAGCACCAAUGCCACAAACAAAUGAUCAUCAGCUGCGUUUGUUCCAGUUCAGUGUUGCUCCAAGUCACAGCAGCACUUUAUCUCUUUUACCUGCUUGUGUGUGUGCGUGCCACAUACAGUUCAUCACUCAGGCCUGCUCAGCUUUUUACACACACACACACUGUAAAUACCUUUUAUUCAUUUAUAUGCUUUCGUAAAGCACAACACAAUGCAAAUUAGUGCCUCAAGAAAGUUUCUCAUCACUUACAAAACUGUUACUGAUUAAAAAGGGGUUUUUUUGUUUGUUUGUUUGUAUAUCCUGUUUCUGGGUGAACAGGGGCGGGGCUUGAUCUAAAUUUAAUCAUAAACUCGAUGACGUCUUUAUAAUCUUCAGCACAUCAUACCACUUGGCGUAAAACCCUGCAACAUCAGCUAAGCAACCUGAAUGCAGUACAGCAAUCAAAUUUAAUUUAAGCCCCGCCCAUCUUUGACAUUUUUUUUUUUUCACUCAAAAUCAAGGUUUUAUUUUUUAAGCCUUUUGUUUCAGAUCCUCAUCACUAUUUUAUUUUGCUUGUUAUUUUUAAAGGAGGAAUUACGAUUUUAAAAUGAAAAUCUCACAUUUUACAUAUCGCUCCUUUUAAUCUUUCACCACAUGGAGGAAUUGUAGUCGAGUUGCAGUAAGAAUAAUUUUAUAUUUGUACCAGUUUUAUCCUUUAACUGUGGUUAUUGGACGACAUGGAAUGGCAUUGUAUAAAAACUAGUAAGUGGUUGUAAGUCUAUCCCAUUAUCACUGUCUAUUUUAAAACAGCAAUAAGUACAAUUAUGCCACGUUAAGAAAAAAAAAGUGUCAUCGGGAAGUGCACAAUGUGCAAGGUGGUUAUGGUUUAAAUUCUCAUAUUUUGAGAAUCAUGAUGUUAAAAUAUUGCAUAUUGGUCCUUUAAUACCCCAAAACAAAGCGGUAUUGUGGGUACUGGAGUCCAGUUGCAGUAAGAAUGGAUUGCCUUAUGUUUUAUUACAUUUGUACAUAUUUUAUCCUUUAACUGUUUUAUUAGACUUCAUGUAGCUUUAUGAUGAAAGUCGGAAAUGAAUGUAAAAGACGGAUAAAUGAUAAGGUAGGAUUGAAAUGACGACAGAUACACAUAGAUGCUCAGGUUGACCUACUAAUUUUAAACUUUUGUCUACUUGUUUUAAAACUGACAACUAUUAGUCACUUAGCAGUUGUAACUGUAGGCCGUUAGAUAAGAAUAAGACAUUUUAGAGUUGAUUCCUACAACUUUACAGUGGCAUAAAAAGUCAUGGAGAGCAUUUGAACGUUGCAUAUUGCUCCUUUAAGAGCACGCAACAAGGAAGAAUUGUAGGUAUUUAGGCAUGCAUCAAUAGUACAGUAAUUGUUUAAGGUUGUAUCCGAUAUUAUAAUGAUGUAGCAGUCAGUGAUGUUAUUUUCUCUUUUCUCCUGAAUCGUGGGAUUGUUUUCUCCAAGACAGACUCGGAAUAAGGACCCCGAAUGUGAACAUGGCCUAAAACAGUCACCUCCUCCUAAUAAGAACAAUUUCAUCCACAAUAACAAUAGGUUUUUUUCAUAUAACAGGAUUAUCAGUGUAUGUCUAUCAGUGUUUUACAAGUUUAUUCUUUAGACUACAUGAACGAAAUAAAGGGAAAGUAACGAGUAUUAUAUUUUUGAUCAUGAUAACUGAUAAAAUAUGAAUCACUGUUUCUGAUAUCAUGAUUAUUUAGGCAAUAAUAAUCAUGAAAUACGAGGUGCCAAGUAAGGACCCGAGGAAGAUGGCUGGUCUCUGAAUGAUCACUGCCCCAUAUUCUACCCACAGUGCCUUGCUUUGGUAUUCCCCUUGAACUUUUCCACAAUUUUUAAAAAAAGUGUUGCAACCUGGAACUUAAAUGGACUUGUUUAGGAUUUUUUUUUUUUGUCGUGAAAAAGGGACAACCACGUCCUGGACAUGCCACAAGGCCAGAUUUUUCAGAGUGACGCAAAGAAAGCCGUUAAGAAAAAAAAUGUCAGAUGAAAUUCCAUUUGGUGACUCAGGAACCGUGUGGAAAAAUGUUCUCUUGUUUUAUAAGACCAAAUUUGAACUUUUUAGUCUUUGUGCAAAGCACUACAUAAAGUGGAAACCUGACCUUGCUCAUCACCUCAUCAUGUGAAGCAUGGUGGUGGGAGCAUCAUGUUGUUGGGAUGCUAUUCAUCUUCAGGGUUCAUGAUGCAUCUUGAAGAAAACCUGUGCCAGGCUGCAAAAAAGACUUGAGCUGGAUGUGGAGCUCCACCUUCUAGUUGGAGCGGUUCAAUACCAAGAACCUGAGUGCGUCGGAACGGCCCAAAGCCCAGACCUCAGUCUGAUUUGAGAAUCUGUCGCAAGACUGACAAAUUGCUGCUUAUUAAUAAUGUUCUCUGUGAAAUCUUGAAGAUCUUGCUUCCAAGAAGAAUGGGCAAAAACAUCAGGAUAGAAACAUAGACUGAGCUGUAAUUACACUCAAAGGUGAUCACCCAAGGGGGUGAAUACUUUCAGUGUGAGGCACUGUGUUUAGGGUGUGAAUAGGGAGUGAUGAUAUUUUAAAGCCAAUAUCUAAUCAUAAUGCAUCAUAAAACUGAUUGUUGACUCAUACCUCACUCAGCACAGCAUGUCAGACCCUCAGGUGGACAAUGAAGAGUUUGUGUUAUUUUGAAAAGAAACAUUAAGCCAAACUCAAUGACGUUUUAUUAGUGUCUGAAUGCAAAGGAGAUGCACCAAGUUUUAACAGUUUAGUAGUUUCAGGGGAUUUUAGUGUUAUUUCGUGAAAAGGAAUGAAAUUUGCGCAAGAUGGUUUAAAAUACUCUGAACAGUGUCUUGCGUGGAAAAGUGCGGCAGUACUGGAUGUGUGGUUUGAUCCUUAUCCUGUAUUUGUCUGCAUUUUAAUUCAUAUGAAACUCAUUUAUAUACACUUUUAUUUUAAUGACUAAGAGGAGAUGAAGGGAUUUAUUCUGUCUGCUCUCGUUACUAAAUGCACUAAACUGUAAUGUUCAGUUGUUAAAUCCUUGGAACAUGAAAUAAGUUUUCAAAGCUAAUUCUCCAGUGUUUAAGAGUUUUUAUAGAAAGUGUUGGUGGGUGUUUUUUUGUUUUGUUUUUUUGUGUG